GCGGCGGCGCGGCGGCGGCUGGGUCGGGCCCCGACGGGCGGCGGCGGCUGAGGUGGAGGCGGAGGGAGGCGGCGGCGGCGGCGAAGGAGGCGGCGGCGGCGGCGGAGGGGGGAAGAUGGCGGCGCCUGUCCUGCUGAGAGUGUCGGUGCCGCGGUGGGAGCGGGUGGCCCGGUAUGCAGUGUGCGCCGCCGGGAUCCUGCUCUCCAUCUACGCCUACCACGUGGAGCGGGAGAAGGAGCGGGACCCCGAGCACCGGGCCCUCUGCGACCUGGGGCCCUGGGUGAAGUGCUCCGCCGCCCUUGCCUCCAGAUGGGGUCGAGGAUUUGGUCUUUUGGGUUCCAUUUUUGGAAAGGAUGGUGUAUUAAACCAGCCAAACAGUGUCUUUGGACUUAUAUUUUAUAUACUACAGUUAUUACUUGGCAUGACAGCAAGUGCAGUUGCAGCUUUAAUCCUCAUGACAUCCUCCAUCGUGUCUGUGGUCGGGUCUUUGUACCUGGCCUACAUUCUGUACUUUGUGCUGAAGGAGUUUUGCAUCAUCUGCGUCAUCACAUAUGUGCUGAACUUCAUUCUUCUUAUCAUCAACUACAAACGACUAGUUUACUUGAAUGAGGCCUGGAAACGGCAGCUGCAGCCUAAGCAGGACUGACAGCCGGACAAACUCUGAACUGACAGUCGGAAGUCCCCUUUUCCAUUAAGUUUAUUUUGCAGCAAUUUUUUGUUUGUUUGUUUGUUUUUUAAUUCUUUACAACAGACACUUUCCCUAAGAAUCUUAAACUGAUUUUUUAAAAUCCUGUAAAUUAGAAGGGGCCCUAGCUAUUUUCUGUGUCAAUCUUCAUUUUAAAUAUGGAUACAAAAAAAAAAAGGAAAGAAAAAAGGAUAUGCCGAGCCAAUCAAAGACAAGCUUUAACUUUACUUUGAAGAUGUUUCUGAAAUAAUAAAAUGUAGCCCUAGCCCCCUGCCCUUGAUUGUAAAGUGAGCAACCAUUGCUAGUAAUUCUCUAAUGUGUACAAAUUCAAUUUCAGGUAUAACAAAUGUGAUCAUGACAUGAAAAUAUUUUAGAAUAGAUACUGUAUUAAAUAUUGCCAUGUUUACAAUAUGUAAUAUGUUUUUAGCCGACGGAUUUAAACAUGUAGAUUCAACUAGAAUCCAUUUAUGUGAUAUUUGUAAAUAAAGGUAGACAUAUUGGAUCCAUCCCUGCAGAACUUACUGUACAGUUUAGUUGAAGUGUAGCAAUGAAGAAUUGUCAGCCCAAUGCUGACUGAAGAAAUAGUGAAAGUAGUAAGUACAGAGCAUCUUGUGAAAAGAACUGACAGCUGCGGGUCCAGUACUGACAGCAAAAAUAAUAGGGUAGUUGGUUCCCUUUCAUCUCCUUCCUCAGAAAGGAAGAAACUAAAUUUGGACAUUCAAGUCAAGCUUGCGUCUAGUCAUAAAACUGGAUCAAUUAUAACCUUACAAAAUGUGUCACGUGACCAGACCUUCACGCCCAAGGCCUUCAGGACACCAAAGAUGGGGAAAUGGCUUAGAUUUCUUUGGAGAAAAGCUGGAAACGUUAAUAUGGCAUUUUUAGGUAAAGUCUCUUACAGUAGCUGAAUUUUCAUGCAGAUAUUCUUCCUUAAUAUGGGUGCCAGUCGACCAAACAGUAUUAGGACCUUGAAAUAACCAGUGUAAGCCCAGUUGCUCCAGAGUAGGAGUGCUCUUGGGUAGCGCCAUAGUAUCUCCUGUUUCAUUCUGCACUAAUUGGAUGUCUAGUUUAAUCGUUGUAGAGUAUUAGCUUUGUAAAUUUUAGGGCUGACACGCUGCUCAACCUGCUCCACCGGGAGUAGUGCAGGUAGAAAUAUCUGAAGGUGAAGUACCCUAAUGGCGUCGCUGCUCUUUCUAGAAACUACGCAAAUGCCCAGGUUUUAAAGGUGAUGUGAAUAAACCCAAAUGAAAUUGCGACAGUAUGCUUCCAUGGUUAACACCUUCUAUCAGAAUGUUAAAAGUGCCUUCUGUCUUAAACCUCAAACCAAAUACUUUGUGUGUUGAACUUGGGCAGAAGUGUCCUUCCUUCCUCUUACCAUGAAGUAGAAAACCUGCAUUAUUCUCUGGAAAGGUUCUGUAUGAUCAUUUUAUUGCUUAGAUUGAGAAGCAGCAGCAAUGUUUUUGCUUCCAGUUAGAGUCAUCACUAUGUUCAAAAGAGACCGGUAACUUUUGAGUGCUUUCCCAAGCCUUCUUUUUGAAGGGCGGACACAGGCUCUGCUCUGUAAACCGUAAUGUGUAGAGUCAGCACCUUUCAGUGGUGUCCAGCUAACUGUCCUGACUGAUGAUGCAAUGUACUUUUCUGGCCCAAGGCAGGUGUAACAUCUGAAUUGUAAUGAACUUUCAACCAGUUUUACCCAGUUUUGUAAAAGUUGAAUUCGGAUUUCCAGGCUUAUGUUUUCCCAUGAAUGUGAAUAUUCCAAUGCCUGUUUUAUUAUGUAUGUAUUGUUCUUGUUUCUGUAGUGAAUGAACUACAGAAAGCA